AUUUAAAAGUUUUUACUUUUAAUUCGACUGUAAAAUUUCUUUCAUUUCGAUGUUCUCGGAUAACCGUGUACGCCUAAGUCGCAAAUGUAAACAAACACUUUGGUGGGUCCGGUGGUGCUGGUGAGUCUAGGACGCAAAGCAAAGCCAACCGCGGCAGCAGCCAGGACUUGGACGCGGAAACCUUCGUGAGCCAAACAGCAGCAGCGGAACGCCUUCGAAGGAGGGUGGUGCAGGAGCGGGACGAGGUCGAGUGCUCGAAACGGACAAGGCCAGCUUCCUGCAGAAACUGCAGCUGUUCCACGGCCGGAAUGCGAUGAGAGAAUGCACCGCCAACGCUCGCCGUCACAACAACGGGUUCAGCACACGCGCACGAUAAGCCAACUCCAGCCGCGGCACGCCCACCAGCGCCGAUAUAAUCCCCACCACCAACGUCCAGCUCAUCAUCCACCUCAACGCGAUGCAGAUCUCAACGCUGGUGCUGUUGGUGGCGACCCUCUUCGUGAUCAGUUCCCACCAGACUCCGGACGGCGGUUGCGGAUGUGGUUCGCGGAACGUUCAGGAGGUAGCUCGGGUGAAGCGCGAGGAGCCCGAACUUCGUCCGGCAAACUGUAACUGUGCGCGGUGUGACGCGGGGAAGCCUUGCGGAUGUGGGUGCGGCAAUGGAGGAGGCAAGAUCUUUGAGGUGCUUGUUCAGGGACGGGUCAAGCGACAGGAAGAAGAAACGACUAAUACAAAUCCAGUCGAAGACGCCAGAGCACGUGGUAAAGCAAUUAGUUUUCUAAGAGGCCUGGAAACUGGCACUCCAGAUCCAGAAGGUAAAGAAGAUCUUGUAGAAAAAACGGAAGUAAAACCUAGACUUACAACGAGGGUAUAGCAAGUU